AUGGUAGCGCGCGGGAAGUAUUACCGAAUUCAAAUCUGCUCAGAAAAUACCGACAAGCCAUUAGCCAUGAUUAUGGAUAUCUUGAAACGACCUAUUUUGGGUCAUUACGUGCGCAAAGUCGAUUCCACUAGACCACCAGUAAACGGCUGGUUUACGGUCCACGAGGAAGUCAAAUUUCAGCGGGAUUUGAGCAACGAGGAGAUAGGUCUCGUGCGCAAAGCGCUCAGAAACGGCGGGUUUACAAGCCUGCAAGGGGAUCGAGUGGUUAAUAUGCUUAUGAAAAAAAGAGCAAAAGUUCAUAGACGCAAUGUCGGCGGUGAAGCAUUCAUCAUCCAAGCCUUGGUCACCAUUCUGAUUGUGGUAUCGCCGAACAUUGUGACGAUGAAGGUGGACCAACCCCGUGGCCGGAGCUACAGCAAUAUAAUGGACUUCCCGCUUGUCAAGCUCCUUCGCCAAGCCAAUGCCAGUCCCGAAAACAAGUCAUAUCUUCGCAAUCUUCGUAGUCUCCACCUCUCCGAGACAACUGUUCCACAUUAUGCUGGUUUUCGUUUCUCAUUGGACUUUGAACGCUGCUUGAGGCUUUUUGACACUCUCCCGUCAAUUGAGUCCGUCCGCAGUCAUGGAGACAAGGAGGGUGAUGAUGGAAAACUUGAAUUCAAAGAAAAAAGUUCUAAUAUCAGCAAGAUCUCUCUCUCUUGUACGGCAGCUAGCUCUCUCUACUUUGCGAAUCUGAUAUGGUCUUGCAAGAUACUUACGAAUUUCACGGCGAGAAUGUGUGGCAGCGUCUCUAUCUUCAGCCCCAAAGCAUUUAUAAAAGCGCUUUGUGCACACAAGAAGACACUGGAGAUUCUUGAUGUUAGCUUGACAUAUGAGAUUGAUCCAUUCGACGAGGACAUCGGAGGGGGAGAAUGGGGAGACGAUCAUUUCAAUCGACACGGGGGUCCAUUUGAACGCGGAAUCAGAGACGCAGAACGUGAAUUUUAUCAAUUGAUAUGGACACAAGCCGGGUCACUGAAAGAAUUUGUGGCCCUAAAACGGGUGAGCUUGGAUAUAGACUUUCUGUUAUACUCCGCCGCUGGUGUUCGCAGUGGGCCUUACAAGGAAAGGAAAAGGUUUAGACUGAUAAACUGCUUACCACCUGGGCUAGAGUACCUGUGUGUUCGGAAAUACCAGACUGGCAACAACGAUGAACAUGAUGGGCAUAUAAACGGGUUGCCUAGAAGGCCUCGCAAGCUGAAAGAGAUCAAGAUAACCGAUGGAUUCAUGUGA